UAAAUUCCAAGAAACCAUUAUUUGAAUUGACCUUCCCUCUCCUCAAUUCAUUCAACCAGAAACCGCGUCCUUCUGUUUCACACACAUUGGAACAUUUCAAGAAAAAAAUUCAAGAAAAUCUUCAUCUUCUAUUUGAAUAUCUAUCUCUCAUUCCAUUUCCCCAAUCAAAACCUCUUCUUUUUUUUUUAUUAUUAUCUAUAUUUGAAUCUUUCUCAUUCCAUUUUCCCCAAUUAAAAACCUCCCCCCAUUCAUCCCUUCCACAUUCUUUCCAAAACCCAAUACAAAUUAAACAAAACCCAGAAAAAGCAAAAAAAAAAAAAAAACAAACAGCUACCAAAUUUACCACUUUUAAGCAUGCCUCCCCUGCUUUUGAUAAUUCCUCUGUUUCUGUCCCUGCUCUGUCCCUCGUCCGCGAUCCGAUCGUUUCCGGAUAAAAUGAUCGCGGACGGCGUCGGUGAUGAAUCAAAUAUGGUUUCCAGCAACAAUUUCAUGGAAGCCCCGGUGUACGAAAACGGACACGAAUGCCCCGUCUCGGCGAAAAACGACGCGGUGUCAUCGGCCAGUGCGCGAGAAACCUGCGAUGACAGGUUUAUCGUGCACGUGGCCAUGACCCUCGACGGCGAGUACCUGAGAGGUUCGAUAGCAGCCGUUCACUCCGUUCUCAAGCACACGUCGUGCCCCGGAAACAUCUACUUCCAUUUCAUCGCUUCCGAUUCCGGCUCACCAACUGCCAACGAGUUAACCCGGAUUGUCCAAUCCACAUUCCCGUCUUUGGCUUUCAAGGUUUACCCGUUCGACGAAAAGCUAGUCAAAAAGUUGAUCUCGUCGUCGAUCAGGAAAGCUCUGGACAACCCGUUGAACUACGCGAGAUCUUACUUGUCCGACAUCAUCGACGAAUGCGUCCACCGCGUGAUCUACUUGGAUUCCGACGUCGUGGUCGUGGACGACAUCCGGAAGCUAUGGUCUGUUUCGCUAACCGGGUCGAGAGUCAUCGGUGCUCCCGAGUACUGCCACGCGAAUCUCACGAAAUACUUUUCGGACGAGUUCUGGUCCGAUCCUGAGUUGUCAAAGGUGUUCGAUGGGAAGAGGCCAUGUUACUUUAACACGGGCGUGAUGGUGAUGGAUUUGAGGAAAUGGAGGGAGGGGCGCUACGGGGCGAAAAUCGAGCAGUGGAUGGAGGUGCAGAAGGAGAGGAAAAUAUACGAGCUGGGUUCGCUGCCGCCUUUUCUGCUGGUGUUUGGCGGAGAUGUCGAGCCGAUCCAUCAUAGGUGGAACCAGCACGGGCUCGGCGGACACAACGUGCUGAGCAGUUGCAGGUCUUUGCAUCCGGGCCCGGUUAGUUUGCUGCAUUGGAGUGGGAAAGGGAAGCCGUGGAGGAGGCUCGACGAAGGCAAUCCGUGCCCGGUUGAUCGGCUUUGGGCACCUUAUGAUCUAUAUAGACCCUUUUCGCAACACCUGGAACAGCGGUAGCGAUGAUCAUCGGAGAUCAAUCAUCUAGUCCAAUACAGUUUCCUAUUAUUUCAAUUCUUUUGUUUGUUCUGUUUAUAUAGAGGUAUGUACAGAUUAGAUACAAGGGUAAUGUGGCUGCAUUGUGGCCUCGGGAGAACGGUUUUUGUGUAAUGAUGUUUGUUGAGCAUACAGAUAUGAAAUUUAUUUAUUUGUUCU